UGAGUUGGCCGCUGUUUGCGGCGAGUUUGUGACUGCGGAGAUUGAAUGUGCGUUUGGGUUUUGCGUUGCGGCUGCAGGGACGGCAUCAACUCCGUUGUCUAGAAAGUUCUAGUUUGAGUAUACGGGAAGGAAUUAGAGUGGAGUGUUUGGUUAGAAGAAUCGUUUGAGAGGUAGUGCAGUUGGUAGGACUUUACGGUGAGUGGGUAUCGAUGGAGGAAGGGGAAGCUACUACUAGUGAGGAAGAGUUCGAGACUAAAAAGCAAGCUAGAAGUCGGAAACAGAGGGAGAAUCGAGCUGAAGCUCUACAGGAAGAUGGAAAGAAGAAUGAGGGAUUAGGAGACGAUGCGGUGGCAGCGGGUGAGAAGAAGCGUAAGAGAAAAGCUUUGCAAAAUGCCCGCUCUAGUGUUCCUGGGAAACGAGGAGUGAUUUAUUUGAGUCGUAUACCUCCACAUAUGAAACCUUUGAAGUUGCGGCAUCUUCUUGAGCCGUAUGGAGAAGUGCUGCGCAUCUAUCUUGCUCCUGAAGAUCCCGCCGCUAGAUUGCGUAGAAAACGUGCAGGCGGAAAUAGUGGCAAGAAUUUCACUGAGGGGUGGGUAGAAUUUGCUCAUAAAAGUGAUGCAAAACGUAUUGCCGUCAUGCUGAAUGGAGAGCCAAUGGAAGCUUCGAAACGUUCAGCUUAUCACUAUGACCUUUGGAACAUGAAAUACUUGAAGAAGUUCAAGUGGGACAACCUUACUGAAGAAAUUGCUUACAAGAAUGCUGUUAGGGAACAAAGAUUGGCUGCUGAGAUUUCAGCUGCCAAGAAAGAGCGUGAUUUCUACCUAUCUAAGGUUGAUCAAUCUCGAGCUAUCGCUUCAAUGGAGGAGCGGAAGAAAAACAAGAAGGAUCUAGAACAAUCUCAAAAGCCUGACGGUGUGGAGAAGCCUGCCAUCGAGAAAAAGUCUGCCAGUGAGAAGCCGAGGCUGGUGCGAAACUUCAAUCAAAAGAAACCUGUUGCUGACGGCAUGACAAGCAAUGUCGCUACACUAUCACGUGAUGUGCUAGCAGGGGUUUUUGGUGGUAAAAGAGCUUAUUAAUGGGCGAAGCAUCCAAGUAGACUAGGUCAUGCUAUCAAUGUGGGUCAUCCUACCAAUGUGGGUCAUCCUGAUCUGUUAUUUUUUCGGUGAUAAUUGCAACUAAGGUGUGAGGUACAACAUUUACAGUGCUGUGAUGCGCUUUAUCUCCUAUUUUUCCACCUACUCACAAUGGUUCACACUAUAGAGAUGAAGUCAUGGAUGUCUCAAGGACAACCAAAAUGAUAAGAGGGAAAGGUCACGUAUAGCAUCUCUGCAUUAGCAGAAUAGAGGGUCUGAAGUUGAUCUUUGCUGUGUAAAGGCAUCGGCGACAAAAAGUAUGAGACGGCUAAUCUGUAUUUGCUGGCUUGGUUAUCUGGCGCAGUAGGUGCUCUUGGACAAAAUUAUGGUUGGUGCACCCAGUAAGGGUUUCACAUAUUAUCUCAAUUUUGAUAUUUUAUUGUCCA